UGUGGAUAUUUUUGUCCUGGUCAUAGCUUCAAGAUUUGAAGAGGAACAGCAGCUAUCUGUAAAUUUUCACUUGCUCUUGCAUGUGAGGUGCUUCAAAAGACACAAGGAAAGACUAAAAUGCUUUCAGGACUUCUCAGCUGCCUAAUUAGGAUCAUCUUGUCUGGGACACGAUCGCGAAGUGACAACAGGGUCAUCCUUUCUCUGCCAGAUUCCCAUCUUAAAGGAGUUCCAGGAGACCUUUAAGUAUGGGAUGGUGUUCCUUGAGUCUGUUCAAGUCCAGCAUCAGAGGAGACUUCUGCCUGAUUUAUGCCAGCCCAAUGGUAGAACAUGUAUUUUUUGGAUGAGGCAAGCAUCAAGGACUUUUGAGUGGCAAAGGGAUGGACCAGGUGGAAACAGGCAGGCCUGCAGCAGUGCAGAGGAUACACACAGCCUGAGCAGAAGGGAAACAAAAGCUAGGGAUGGACAGAAAACCAAUAGUGCCAGACCUGGUGCUUUAACAUCACCUCCAGAGAUGCACGACUGCAUGGGGGACUGGGUAACACUUCUGAGCAGCUUUCUGGCCAGUUUAAAAGGUAGAGCAUUCCUAUCUUCCACUUGGAAAAAAAGAACUGCGUGGAUGGAUGCCACGGUCCCAAGAAGGAGGUUGAAUCAAAUAACGCUCCCAAUUUGCAAAGGAAUGGAAACAUUCAAGUACGUGAGCACUUCAACCAGAUCGCAGCACAAGCUGGGGCACGGUAGGAGCUGGACUAAAUGGGCAGAGCUAUACAGUCAGCGACAGUGGUUUACAACAUGUGGCCUACAGACUUCUAGGGAUCCACAGAGGACUUUCAAGGGCUGCAGAAGAGUGCUGCUACAGGCAACGGUGCUACACCGGAGAUAACUGAAUGGCAAAGGAGGGUGGAUAUUUUAGACAAGCCUACAUCUGCAGGAAGGAAGAGAAUGUGACACCUCUGUAGGACGUCAGUUUUAAAACAAAUGCAGCAGGAUCCAGUGGUUUUCCAUUUUUAAGCUCAAGUCCUCCUACUAUGACAGAAUUACAAGUGGUAAAUUAAUUACUUGGACAAUCCAAAUGGGUAACGAAGAGGGAGCUGAAUGAUGGCUUGAAGACCUUCCGUACUUCAGUCACUCCAGUGGACUAGAAGGAUGCUAGGGCCAGGUACCACAGCGGGCAGUGGAACACUGCAGUCAAAGCUACUUUCCAUGACAUAGUCUGGAGCCAACUCUGCAUCUCUGCAGAGGAUAUGACAGCACCAGACUCCUUUAACUUCUUCUGCCUUCUUUGCUCUCUGUCUACUAAGAGAGUGAAUUCUGAGUUUUGGACCCUGCAUAUAUUUUAUCCAUAGCAACCACAACACUUCCCUCAGAUUUGCUAAAACACACGUCUUUAAUUUAGAACAAGGAAGAUGGAUCUUCCUGCUGAUACUCUGCUUCUGAGCUCAUCUGAAAUUUAGAAGUCAGCAUCUUUGCUACAUCAGGACUUUCCGAUGGCUUUCCCCAUCUUACAGCCUCCAAAGUCUGGCUUAGCAACCCAUAACCUUUGCAAGCAAUCACUGGGAAAGCACUGAAGACAAAUUGUUGAGUGAUGAUUCACUCUACCAUGGUUUGGUUGCUUUAUCAUUUUCUAAUGCUGCUGAUGGGAAGAUAUUUUCUAUUGUGAGAGGCUCGUUUUCCUGCUCCAUUGGAACAAGGAUUUCCUGAGGAGUGACUUCUCCUUACAGCAUGUGAAAUUUCUUGUCUUUUAGCUCCUGGAAGGCUAACUUAAUUAACCAUCACCCAGUUACUUACUACCUUCCUGUUCCCUCUCACCUUUUCAACACCCACUUUAAAGCAGAGGGCUCCUCACAAGACUCAGACACUGGGAAACAGGGCGUGACUGAGGAAAAGCCAUCAUAAAUCAGCAGCGGAGGAGGAAAUGUGUAGGACUAGGCUGGAGCAAUCAGGGGCCGCAUGUAGACAACAGCGCUGGGUAUUGCCCGCGGUGGGGAGCCACACUGCAGUCCUGGCACUGCUGGCCUUCAGCAUCAACUCCAGCUUGGAACGGCCACCUCCAGUGCCGACAGUCACAGCAAAAGACUUCUUUCCCCUCCAACCAGAAACAGCACUCGGGGCUUCUCAAGAAAGCAAAGGCACAACAGAAGUCAAGGUUUAUCUGCUCAGGCAGAAAGCCCAAAGCCGCUGCAUUCUUCUCUUAUUUACAGUCUUUGGUGAGGACUACCCUCCCCUGAUGACUGCAGAUUUUAAUAUUUCAUUACAAAUACAGCUGGCUGCUUUGGGAUGCUUGCAGGCAUAGCUGCACCUGUUAGGCUAGAUGCUUAAUGAAAUAAAAAGGCAUGUUCUGAGGGACACGGUCUCCUCAGUGACAGACUGCAUGUUUAAAAGAGUUCAUUAAUGUCAUCCCGUGUGACCUCCUGCGUGACCAUCCCUACAGGACUUUCACAAAGGGAUGCUCUAGAGAAGCCAUUAACUCCCCCAAAAAAGUAGUGUCUUAAAAAUCUUUCGUAGUGUCUUAAAAAUCUUUUAAGACCCUACAAAACCUAUAGAAAUGCCUCUGGACUGAUGGUGAGGGCGGGUACACGUAGGUGUGCGCCUUUAGGUUGGUGGAGUAGAAGAGAUGUCAGUCACAUCACAUAGCUCGCUGUUGUUGUCCCCUUCUCAGCUCCCAGGGGGCUGGGAGAAGCAGCUGUACUGCAGGGAUGCCAGCCGUCAGCAAAAUACAGCCAUUGUUUUAUCAGUUUAGUGCUCUUUAUUUCCUAAUUUAUUUACCAGGGACAUGUGUGGUGUUCAGUGAAAGCUAGUGUGCUGAAGUCUGAAAAACACCCUUCCGUUUGCUGAUGUGUUAGUUCUUAUUAAAUAAAACUGAUCUGUUGAAGAAAAUUAAAGUUUUAUUAAAAAUAAAUUAAUAAAAAAAAGAGGAGGGGAGGAAAGAGAUGAGCAGGAAAAUUCCAGAAAAGUGAAAUACCAAAGCGAAAUAGCUCCUUGGCUCACACUGGGAGGAGAUAAAACGGAAAGCAGAUUGACCCAGUCUCAUUCUCAUUUUCUAACUGAUUGCACUGGACAUCAAGUGCCCCAGGGAGGGCAGGGACCUCACAGCAUGCAGCUCCUGCCCCAGCAACACAUGCACAGAAGGGUAAAUGGUCGCUUUGUGGCCACAUAUCUCAACGAGCCCAAUCUGCUCUGCAUGCAAGCUGCCGGCCUUGUGUUUGCCAGCUCAGGUGCUGCUAUCUCCUUCCCAUUUACGUAAAGAUAUCUGUAAUGGCCGGGGCCCCACGGCAAGUGCUGCCAACCUCUGUACCAAGAGGAAUUAAUUGCAGGAUAGGGGCCCGCUGUGGCGCAGAUAAAAGGGAUCUAGAAAAGUGACGGAGCCCAGACAGCAUUAGAUAAAUGGUGGUGAGAAAGCCUGCAUUAAUAGCACUAAUGUAGCUGUGUUUCCUGAAAAAAAGAACAAGAAAUUCCCUAGUGUAGACAUACUUAUUGUUGGCCAAAAAGCAUUCUGAAUUCCUCAAUAAUCAGGCAGGAAGUGGUAAAAACUGUCAGAUGAAAUGACCAAUAUGUUAUUUUUUCCAUUAUCAAAAAUAUAUUUUAGGUCAUUACUAUUAGAGAAAAACAUUUUGUGGCCAAUCCGAUUUAUUUUUUCAGCCAUAAUAAAUUUGGCGGUGAUAGACAGCAAAAGGAAUUUCUGUACACAAAAAUGCAUUAUAAGAACUUUGUUUCAAUCCAGAUCAGUACUUUGCCUUAUAGGUGCAUUAGUCACUAGCGCACACUGCUCUUUCAAAAAUUUGCACAAAUAGAAAUUAUGUGUUAGUGUUUUCCCAGUCAGCAAUCAGAAAACCAGAAUUGUAAUAACCAUAAAUUUUUGUACUGCAUGGAGACAGCUGGAGUUUUCAUCGCAAACUGACACAAAACAUACAAGGUAGUUUCUGGUUGGAUUUAGUCUCUUUAUGCAAUCACUUUUGUUUGAUUUCCUCCAUGACAGAAAUCGAAUUGUUGACUCGUAUCAGAAUAGGUCUACCAGCUUGCUUUGGUUGGCUGUUCUGAGAACCUCCCAUCACGAUUUCCUGUUCUCUCCAUUUUAGAGGAGCUCUCUCUUUCCUCUGAUGGGUGUAAAGCAGUCGGACCCACCUGGUGUUGCUGCCGGAGUUGCGUCAGCAGCGUAACACUGUGGUUCCUUCCAACUUCCUUCUCUGUAGAUAAAGAGAAAGGAGGACGCUAGCUUAAUAACUUCUCCCCAUUGUGCCCCAGAGGUUAGGCAUCUUGCCAUACACAGAUGUUAUCAAAAAUGGAAUCAUUUUAUAAAUAAACUGUGAAUUAACAGCAGUCUGGAUAAAUGUAUGCCUUGGUCCAAGGCUGAUGUAUUCCAUUCUUUGUGAGCAUUCCCUAAAUAAACCGAAUGUUUUCAUUUUGUACUUUGUUAUGAUUUAUCACAUUGUGGUUUAUUUAAGUCCUUCAAUGCUCUCUCUUCCAUUUGCUGAACUUUAGGUAUGGAAUUAAGAUACCCUUGACUGCACAGUCUCCCCUCUGUGUCUUGAAGGAGAAGCCCCAUAGCUAUCACAAUGGAUUAAGAUGCCCUACAUUAAAAACCUGUGUCACUUUUACAACUCUGUGCAUUUAUGCAAAAAGACAUCAGUAGCUAAUGGGUCCAUCCAAGACAUUAAGUUGAAUGGACACAUUUUUCAUAGCUGUGGUAAUUACGAAUACUCUGAAAAAGGCUCCUUUGCCAACUGUAGCCAAAGAAAAUCGAAUACUGUUCCCUUGCAAAAAAAUGCUCUGCAAAUAUUCAGCCAUCUUAUUCCAUUACAUACUAUUAUGAAAAACAGUGAUUUGUUUAUUUGUUGGAAGUUAUAUAUGUAUGUACAGUAGAUCUUUUGAAAGUCCAUAAAUGCUGCUUUAGCCAGCAGUGUAUCAAAAGCAUGGCCUUCAGCUAAGAGCUCUUC